GCGUCCAAAUGUCUUCAAACUCGGACAAGUAAUAAAAGACACAACAAGUUAUCAAGGUAAGUCGUUUUUAUUCAAAUAAACUGCAAUUUAAAGGAUUCGAAUUUUGACCGUUAAUCGCUCACAUUCAAAGCUGUUAUAAGCACUGUAUUGCAGUGCUUGGGCUGCCUGUGGAAACGGGUAAGGUGUGAUAUCAAGUGAUGUAAGGAGCCUGGGGGAGAUCACUAUUUUGAUUUUUAUCAUUAUUUUGAUAUUAUGGCUAAUUGUGAAGUAGAGACGAAAAUUACCAAACAACGACCAAAGUAUUACCUUUCCUCGAAAUUUCCUGUCGUAGAUGGASUUCAUUACUUCCCUGGCACAACCAAAGAGUUUCUACAGCAAAUUAAAAAUCUUCGCCUACAAGGAGACGAAGUGAUAGUGGUCUCAUAUCCCAAGGCAGGUAACACAUGGAUAUCAGAGAUUAUAUGGCAGAUUUUCUCAGAUGGUACGGUCGAUAUGACGCCUAUUCACCAACGCAUCCCAUUCAUGGAAAGUACGAAAAUUUUCGGCACAUUCGCUACAAAUGACAAGUUUAUUGAGCAUUUCUUGAACAAGCCUUACCCAAGAGUUUUCAAAACACAUUUACAGUAUCCACUCGUGCCAAUGGGGGGAGGAGGUCAUCAGAUCACACCCAAGUAUAUUAACGUCAUAAGGAACCCGAAGGAUUGUGCAGUGUCGUUUUAUCAUCAUACGACGAGCUGGAGAUAUAACGAGUUUGAUGGCUCAUGGGAUGAAUAUUUUGAGGCGUUCAUCGAUGGCGAAGUAAAGUUUGGUUCUUGGUUUGAUCACGUGCUUGGGUGGUGGGCGCAUCGUGACGACCCUAACAUUUUGAUCCUAAAGUACGAGGAGAUGAAGAAGGAGUUGCCUUCUGGCGUGAAACAAAUAGCAAAGUUCGUUGGCAAAGAUUUGUCCAAUGAGACGAUUCAACUCAUCGCAAAACAAACUUCAUUUGAAGCCAUGUCGGCAGGCGAUGGAAGGUUCUACGAUGGUGAUGAGGGGUUCAUGUCAAUCAUAAAACCAAACACGCCCAAAUUCAUCCGAAAAGGCGAAGUAGGAGACUGGAAAAACUACUUUACUGACGAACAAAAUCGACGAUUUGACGAGCUGUACGAGAAGAAAAUGGCUGGAAGUGGACUAAAACUAGAGUUUAGUUGAAGCCGACUAAAUGAAAAAAAAUCCCGAACACUUAAGCCUCGAAGAAAGGGCGUGCUUGUAAUUUGAUAAAUGUAAAUAUACCUAUUUCAAAAAACGUUGUCGGUCGAAGAUCUGAAAUCUGGGACCGAAAUGAAUUGUGGGCUGUGAGCUUUUAAAUCAAAAACGAAGGAAAAUGAAUCAUUUUCCAGUCAGUAGCUCACAACAAGUUAAUAGGGACCUUAAGCUGCAGGACGGCAACGACGACGACGACGGCAACCAUACAAUAGCACUAAUUGCGCUAUUCAAUAGAUACUCGUUGGAAUGUACGAAAUACUGUGCUUUAUUGCCGUCUUAUGCAGAAAGUAAGACGUGAAAUGUCCUAUUUUUACGUGGUAAAGAGAACGGCUACGCCAAAAGCGUAUCUUUGCUAAUUUUUGUUAUAAGUAGAGGGCUCCCAAAAGACGUCAUUUCACUCUAAAACGGGGAUGCUUAUUGAGUAAAAUACUAGGUAAACACGAAAUGRUAAUACAACAGAAGGUUGAAGCGCCUCAAUUUCGCCGACGUUGUCGCCCACGUUGCCGUCCUGCAGCUUAAGGUCCCUAACAUCUAAAUAAACAACCACCAAUUGGCGAUGUAUUUUGAAUUUUGAAUUGUAAAAAAGAAGUUUUUCUAGCCUCCCAUCAUUCAUUUCGGUCACAGAUUUCAGAUCUCCGAAAUAGGUGUAUGCUAUAUGAAAAUUGAAACCCCUACGACAGUAAAUAGCAUGAACGAUUUGUUCAUUUGAAUUUGAAGUCUUGUAUUAAAAAAACGCUGACAACGUUUUAACGCUGACAACGAUUUAUCGACUAGAAACGUUCGAAUAUUAUGUCUGGUUUUAUCUCGAAAAAAAAUGUUCCCAAUUUCAGCAGAAGAAUAAAUCUAAAAAUAUGCUUCCGAAGUACACUAGCAUUGUCAAAAUGUUGUAAUGUUCCUAAUAUAUAACUGUUAAUAUCAGAUUAAAACUAAUGGAUAAGAUAUCUUAACAUUAACCCUAAUUAUGAUGACAGAAAAGAUAGAUGGAUCAAAUAUAUAUAUUUUGGUAGUGGAAGUCAUUUUAUGGAAAAAAAAUCUUUAAUUUUCCAAAACGACCCAGGCCUGAACAACUCUGUAGCAGAAAUUUGACAGAGACAUUUUGUCUCUUAUUACAGCUGAAUAAACUUAAUUUAUCAUCCUACAAAGCAUCAUGAAAGAAAGCUGAAUUAAUUGGACAUUUC